ACCCAUGCGCCCAGUCUUGUUGACCUUUGCUUGUCAACACAUCAGCUGAUGAUAACAGUUUUGGCCGCGCAGUCACGAAAACAAACGGUCGCAGAUUUACAAAUUCGGUUCCUGAUAACAGCAAAUUCUCCGAUGAACCACUCACCCCUAUGGAGGUCAAUCCACUCAGCAUCAUCCUGGUGAAAUCGGACAGCAAAGGCGACCGGCUGCUGUUCCGCUAUCCGUACAAUGUCCCGCAGCAGUUUCAGGCCAGUGUGCUUCCGGCGCGGAAAACUCCCUACUCGAUCGUGAAUAGCGCCGAUGAUAUCCUGCAGAAUGCGCCACCGACCGUGUCGAACAUCUGUUUCGAUCAGCUGUACGGAAUUUCGGAUGAAGUCCUCGCCACACUGUUUGCCGUCAAGUCCGAACUGUGCAAUCAGAAAUUCGAAUUGAAGGUCAACGAUGUCCGGUUCGUGUCCCAUCCGACGCUCGUCAAGCUGGACGGAGAUGACCAGAAAAGCUCAUCCUACUUUCGAAUCAAUGUGGUUUUCGCAUUGCAUGCCCAGGCCAGCUACUCUGUGGUGAAGUGCUACUACGAGUUGAGCAAGAGGAUAGGAGUGGCCUUGCUGUACGAGGAAAAGCGAGCGGGAUAUCUUUCGAACGAAAUGAAAAUGAUGGUAUCGUGCAUGGAUGAGGUAGCGGCCGCAGCACAAGAACAUGAUCACGGCACCACUAGCGGUCCAUGUGGAAACGUUUUCGAUACCAUUCUGAGGGACUGUACCUUGGCACAGUUUAUCAAAACUAUCUAUCAGGAUCUGAGCACAACCGGGCUGCUGAAUGUAACGUUGAACCAGUCAGUUACGUUGAGUUUCUGCUUGCCACAGAAAGCGCACCAGUUUCACAAGAAGGGAGUGGUGAUCGAGCCAGAAACCAUCGAUCGGUGCUUGCAUGCUUUGAAGCCUUAUCAUGGUAUGUUGCUGUUGGUCGAUCCUUCGGAACUGUUGGAUUGCGUACCUCCUUCUGGUGCUCGUAUGCUUUUGCAGCUGAUCGAAGCUUACAAUCCACUGAAAAGCCUUCAGAAUAUGGCAUCCGAUGCAGAUCUGAUGAUUGAUCACGUCUAUCAACUAGUAGGACAUUUGGUUUACUGGGCCAAGGCCACCAUUAUCUACCCGCUUUGUGAGACCAACGUAUAUGUAAUAGCACCAGAUGCUCAGUUGAACAUACACUCGAAUCUUUCGGAAAAGUUCUCCACCAAGUUUCCGGGCAUGUCCCUAUUUGAGGUCAUCAGUGACUUUUCCCUACCGACCUCGAUCGGACAUCUUACAACGCCAUUGCAGCAUCCAGCUCGCCAGGGAAGGCUGGCCCAAAUGGUUCUGUGGAUGCUGCAGCAUCAUCUCCUGAUGCAGCUGCACACUUACGUUCAAUUCAUCGCUUCGUACGACGAAGAAGAUUGCGUUCCGAUGCAGAACGGAAACCACGAUUACAUGAAGAACGAUCAUGAUGAAAGACAACCAAUCACCAAUCAUGGUUCUGGGGGCUGCUCGCUCCCGGCCACUACUAGUCAACCGCUGGCCGUUCCAGCACAUCGCAAACAUUCCCUCUCGGAAGAUCUGUUCCCGGAUAGUCUAACGUUGGCCACCUCCCACACGCGGCCUUCCUCGGCCAGUCACCGCUCGAACAUCAGUCACUCGAGCGUUGGCCAGACCGCGUCCAGCACGGAUAAUGACGAAAGCAUCGCAUCGAUGGAUGACGACGACAAGAUCAAGCGGCUGCUUGGCGCUUUUCCCGAGUGUGACCGCAAGGCGAUAUCGAAGAUUCCGGCCGCCACCAAUCCAGAGGACCUGGCACUGAUGGCGCGGCUCUGGCAGGCCGGGUACUUCAAGGGUGAACAUCACCUCGAAGAAAUAAUGUACUUCGAGAAUCUCCGGCGAUCACAGUUGCUUCAGCUGGUGGACAAGUUCCGGGACGUUCUCAUUAUCUACGAAACGGAAGAUCCCGCCAUUGCCAGCUUGUAUACCGUACCACAGUAGAUCAUGUGGUAUAUAGCUGUAAUAAAACAGGUCUCUCCAAA